AUGACGAAUGCAAUAAAAGAAUGGUAUAAGGAAGGAAACGUUCACAAAGAAAGAUUAAGACUGUUAGUUGAUUGUACAGGUUGUAAAGACGUCGUACAGGUAUUAAUAUUCAAACGUAAUAAUAAAUUAAAAAAUUAUAACACGGUCGUGACGAAUCGAAAAAGCAGAAGAAGCGUAGAAUAUGGAAGAGAGAAUUUUAGAUAUGAGAAAAGUUACAACGGUAGCAACAGAUAUAAAAACGAAAAUGGCGGAACAAAGACGAACAACGGGGGGGAAUCGUCGUCGUCGAAAGGGAAAGAAGAAAAAGAAGACUAUUAUUUGAAAAAUAUUUCUAGUCAAAAUGAAAAACUCGAUCCGAACAGGCCGUUUUUGGUCGUGCACACCGAACCGGUUGUUAUGAAAAGAUCUCGAAGGAGAGCUCUUGAUUGUUCUGGUGCUGUCAAAGGACAAUGCUGCAAGCAAAAUUUUUUUGUGAGUUUUAAAGAAUUGAAAUGGGACGAUUGGAUAAUUGCUCCCAAGGGAUACCAUGCCAAUUAUUGUAGGGGUGAUUGCGGUGGCAUGCACAGAACUCCGGAUACUUUCCUUAAUUAUCACACACACGUGAUUGACGAAUAUAGGAAAAUGGAUAGACUUUCCGGUAUACAACCCUGUUGCGCACCAGUUAAAUUUUCAAGCAUGAGCAUUAUUUAUUUCGGUCCCGAUAAUAAUAUUAUAAAAAGGGAUUUACCCAAAAUGGUCGUCGAACAAUGUGGUUGUCCUUAA